UGAGGACUAUACUACAGGACCGGCCUAUCUUGUUUCAGGUUGAAAAGAUGUCACCAAAAUAAAUAUAAAUAAUGAAAAAGAGCAUGCCCGUCAUGGGUUCCAACCCCGAAUAGACCGUGCCCCCAUACGUAGGACUGACUAUCCUGCUAUGGUUACAAUAAGUCACUGAAAGCCAAGCUCACUUCACUAGUGGGUACAGGCAGGCCUUGGCCGACAGCGGUUGUUGUGCCAAAGAAGAAGAAGAAUGAAAAAGAGCUAAACAAUAGACGAUUGAUCCUAAGAAAAACGAGUUCUAACGAGUGAUGGGUAAAUUCAACAAAAAUCGAAAUAGCUUCCGAAAGACUCUUCCAAACUGGAAGUAAUUUCAGAAGGUAGGAGCAAAUCCCCAAGCUCAAAGUCGUUGGAGACAUUGGAUUCGUUCGGAGCAAGAGCUAGUUGGAGUCGUUGCAAUCGUCGCGUCCGUCGGAGCCGUCCGGAUUCGGAGUUGUCGGAGCCGGCCGUAUGGCGCAUUCUCCAACUAAACUGUUUCCUUGCUCUAUUAUUAGUGGAAUGCGAUUCCGACAGCUCCGGAAGGAUCAGGCCAAAACCGUCGGAAUAAAAAAUACAUACAUACAACGUAAGAUUACCAACAAUCAAUGAACAUUCUUUCACAAUGCCAUUGCUUUGGGGAAUUUUGUUCUUUGUUUUGCUUGCGAUCCCCCACCCGAAACUGGGACAGCGUGAUCAUGAGCUCGUCACCGUUUACAAGAAUGAUCCACCCAUCGUUCAACUAUUUCCAGUGAGCAUCGAUGGAUAACGUACGCCGUUUCGCAGAGCACGAUUAUCGCCACCCUUACCUUGUGCCGGUAUGUCGCAUCCAAAAUGCAAGCGGCAAGGUUUUGUACCAGUCUUUCCCAGACGAAACCGUGACGAGUUUAAAACCGCCCGCUACCUUAACAUUGAACGUGGUAAACAUCACCAAUAACUACUACCACGUCACGUUCCAUUGUCACCGCGAUGCGUGCAUAUAAAACAGCCGAAAGUGCGUGUGGUGGGAGGCACUCCCCAAAAUUGAACCAAACCGACUGCAACAUACCCGCAAGUAGACACCCCGCCAUACGACUCUGCUUCAGUUUGUGGUUGAGCUGCUUUCGAUAGCGGUGUGAGGAUUUGUGGAUCGCUCCGGAGCGAUCAAAUGUGCAGUGUCAGUCAGCUAGAAACGGUGUAGGCAGAGUAGAAAGUGCGUAUAAUCCAUUUAGCCAUGCCUUCAGGAUGCAUCUGCAUAACAGUGAUAACUGUUUUAUCAAUGUUCUCGCUUGUCGUGAGCAAACCAUUCCUUGGCGAUCUGCUGGCACGUGCGAUAGCUUCGUCCUCUACGCCCGACGACCCACAGUCGCACAUAACGGACUUUCGAAUGAUGAUGAAAAUGGACAAGAAGGCAGAUAAACUGCAGUUGAUCGACACAAAAGCGAACAACACCAACACUCAGCAAAGUCCAGAGGAGGAGCCACCGAUAACGUUCGCCAACGAGCAAACGACCACGCCAGCAACCACCACUACGCUGUGGCAGCGAUGGAACAGAACCGAUCUUUUGGCGCGCAUCAUCGACGACAUAAUCAAACCAGCACAGGAACGCAUCACGCUGGUGUUUCAAACCCUCGUGCCCAAGAAUGGUGCCGAAGAGCUGGACAAAAUGAAACAGUUCUCGACGAACGACGACUCCCUGGCAGAACAUCCAUUGAACGCCACGGCCGACAAUAAUGACUCCGAUGAGCUCGAUUCGGAUCUUGAGCCACUGCAGCACGACAGUGACUCUGCUUUGUUCGAUCGCGGUGCUAACGGAACCACGCUUCUGGGACAGUUUCAGGCACGGCGGAAGGUUCUGCGACGACGAGUAGCGAAGGCACUGUCGUCCAUUACGGGACUCUUAAUACUGGCAGCAAACACACGACGGGAAGGCAACUCGCGCAGUACUCGAUCGAUAACAGUAGCAUCGGACGGCGAUGACUUGUCGGGAAGGGAAAAACGUGCCCUGGUCGAGCUACCACCCAAUGUGGUGGACCCGUACGCAGAUUAUACCGAAGCGCUGCUUGCGGAAGACUCUGGGGCUGAUACGGAACCGCGGCGCAAUAUGGAAACGGUCGGUAUAUUUCUGCUGGAGGUGCUCGGAUCGUUCGCUGGCUUUUCUUGGGGCAUCUUUAAAACGGCUCAGUCGUUCUUUUCGUACGCCAUAAGCUAA